UAGUUACCGUAAUCCAGAAGCGCGCCAUUUUGGUUUUGUGCUAAAUUUUGACGGGGUUGUUCGCGGUUUGUCAAUGCUUUUGUCACAUUUUGAGGUCCAGCGAUGCCUGAUGUCUUAAUUGCUACUUUACAUUUAGGGUUUGAUUGAUUUUUUGCGUGAAGCAACCGCUUAAAGUAGCCCUUGCAGUCCGUGAAAAUGUACAUAAAGCAGGUCACAAUCCAGGGAUUCCGUAGUUAUCGGGAUCAAACGGUCAUAGAGCCCUUCAGUCCAAAGCAUAAUGUUGUCGUGGGACGAAAUGGAUCGGGCAAGAGCAACUUCUUUUAUGCCAUCCAGUUUGUGCUCAGUGAUGAGUUCAAUAACCUGCGGCCUGAGCAGCGACAGUCGCUGCUGCAUGAAGGCACCGGGCCCCGCGUCAUCUCCGCAUUUGUGGAAAUCAUUUUUGACAACUCAGAUAACAGGAUACCUAUUGAAAAAGAAGAGGUGACAUUGCGACGUGUCAUCGGAUCCAAGAAGGAUCAGUAUUUCUUGGACAAGAAAAUGGUCACGAAAACUGAUGUGAUGAAUCUGUUGGAGAGUGCAGGUUUUUCAAGGAGUAACCCUUACUAUAUUGUCAAACAGGGAAAGAUCAACCAGAUGGCAACUGCCCCGGACUCCCAACGACUGAAGCUGCUGCGUGAGGUGGCUGGUACUCGUGUCUACGAUGAACGCAAGGCAGAAAGCCAGCUCAUUCUCAAAGAAACCGAGGGGAAACGUGAAAAGAUUGAGGAUCUUCUCAAGUACAUCGAGGAGCGACUUCAGACUCUGGAAGAAGAGAAAGAAGAAUUGAAGCAGUACCAGAAGUGGGAUAAGAUGAGACGCUCACUGGAGUACACAAUUCACAAUCAGGAGUUGACAGACACACGAAAGAAACUUGAUGAGCUUGCCAAUAAACGAGAGAAUAGCGGUGAAGUCACCAAGACACUGAGAGAUGCGCAAGAGGAGGCUUCAAAACGAAUUAAGCAAUUAAACAAGGAGCUGCGGGAACUGAAGGGACGCAUUCGGUCAGCCAAUGAGGAACGAGACCAGCUGCUGAAUGAGAGACAGGAGCUGUUCAAACGUCGGGCCAAACUGGAACUGGCUGUCAAGGACCUCCAAGAAGAAGUCAAUGGGGACAUGGAUGCCAAGAGUCGCAUUGAGGACCAACUGGAAAAACUAGACAGUACAAUCCAGCAGAAACAGAAUGAUUUGGAUCAAAUAAUGCCGCGAUAUGAAGAAUUGAAGAAGGAAGAAGAACGCUGCUCAGCCAGGCUCCAAGUGUGCGAGCAGAGACGGACUGAACUGUUUGCCAAGCAGGGACGUGGAAACCAGUUCACCACCCGCGAUGACCGGGACAAAUGGAUCCGAAAAGAACUCAAGUCGUUAAAUAAGGCCAUUAAAGAUAAGGAAGAACAGAUUGCACGUCAGCGGGAAGACAUCGCCUCCGACAUGAAGAAGAAUGAAGACCUGGAGGUCCGAAUGGCUAAGCUGAAUAUCGACAUUGAACAGAUGAAGGAUUCAGUGGACACCUCCAACCGCAGUCACUACGAUCAGAAGAAACGCAAAGACGAACUUCAGAACGAGAGAAAUUCCCUGUGGAGACAAGAGAAUAGCAUUCAGCAGGAGAUAGCAACGACCAAGGAAGAACUACACAAGAAAGAACAGACGCUUCGCUCCAUGACUGGCAAGGCUGUGCUGCGUGGCAUCGACAGCAUCAAGAGAGUCCUGGAUACCUUCAGGUCAAAGGGCAUGACCCGGGAGCUGGAAGGUUACCACGGCGUCCUGAUCGAGAACUUCCAGUGUGCCUCACGCUUCAACACCUGCACUGAGGUCACCGCAGGAAACAGGUUGUUCUACCACAUCGUUGACACGGACGUCAUCAGCACUAAAAUCCUGUCCGAGAUGAACAAAUCCAAGAUGCCUGGCGAGGUCACGUUCUUCCCUCUCAACCGUCUUGAAGACAGAGAGACCCAAUACCCAGAAUCCCCGGAUGCCUUGCCCAUGUUACACAACCUCCAGUUUGACGCCAAGUUUAAGGCUGUACUGAACCACGUCUUUGGCAAAACGCUCAUCUGUCGCAGCAUUGAUGUGGCAACGCAGUUCUCCAGAACACAGAAUCUAGACUGUGUCACCCUGGAAGGUGAUCAAGUCAGUCGCCGCGGUGCGAUCACCGGCGGUUACUACGACACGCGCAAGUCGCGCUUGGAGCUGCAGAGCGGCAUCUUGGAACUGCGCCAGAAGCUGAGCCGAGAGGAGCAAGAGUACGAGGAACUACGGGAGAAACUGCAACAGGUGGAGGUGGACGUGACGCAGCUCAUGAGUGAAAUGCAGAAGAUGGAGACCAAGAAUAGGAAGAACAAGGACAUCUACGAGAAGAUGAAGAGUGAUAUGCGCAUCAUGAAGGAAGAGAGCCAGGUCAUCCAGAGGGCCUUGACCCCUAAGGAGAGGCGUCUGUCUAGUCUCAUUACCAGCCUGGAAGCCAUGAAGGGAUCUGCCCAGUCCCUGGACGAUGAAAUCGGCACGGACUUACUGUCUCAGUUGAGCGUUGGUGACCAGCGUGAGGUAGACAGUCUGAACGAUGAGAUCAAGAUGCUGAAUCAGCAGAACAAACAAGCUCUGGCAGACAGGAUCAGGCUUGAAGGUGAAAAGAACAAGAUUGAGAACCUUCUGUCGGGUAAUCUGAUGCGCAAACGAGAGCGCUUAGUAGCUGAGCUGCAAGAGAUCUCAGUGGAAGACCGCACCCAGCGGCUGGAGACAUGCCUGGCGGAGUUACAAGGCACAGAGAUGUCUAUUGAGACCAACAAGGCCCGUAUCGAGGACUUCGAGAGCCAGAUUGAGAGCCUGAACCGGGAACAGGUGACUAAGCAAUCUGACCUGGAGGACAAGAAGAACAAGGAACGAGACUUUGGGGACAAGAUCAACAAUGACACCAAGGCUCUGGAGAAGAUGACCAAUAAACAGAGUCUGCUCCUUAAGAAGAAAGAAGAAUGCAUGCGGAAGAUCCGUGAGCUUGGCUCGCUGCCAAGCGACGCCUUCGAGAAGUACACCCACCUAUCCCUGAAGCAGCUGUUCAAGAAACUGGAGCAGUGUAACUCUGAGUUGAAGAAGUAUAGCCACGUCAACAAGAAGGCCCUGGACCAAUUUGUCAACUUCUCAGACCAGAAGGAGAAGCUCAUCAAUCGCAAGGAGGAACUGGACAAAGGGCAUGCAUCCAUCACAGACCUGAUGAAUGUACUGGAGCUGCGCAAGUAUGAGGCCAUUCAGCUCACCUUCAAACAAGUCUCCAAGUACUUCAGUGAAGUCUUCAAUAAACUGGUACCCGCCGGCAAGGCUACACUGGUCAUGAAGAAAGGGGACAGUGAAUCCUCACAAGAGCUGGAAGGAGAGUCAUCGCAGGCUGGUGUCCCUCUUGUUGAACAGUUCACUGGUGUGGGCAUUAAGGUGUCCUUCUCUGGUAAAACCAGUGAGACCAGGGAAAUGCAGCAGCUGAGUGGCGGGCAGAAGUCACUGGUGGCCCUCACGCUAAUCUUUGCCAUCCAGAAGUGCGAUCCAGCGCCAUUCUACCUCUUUGAUGAGAUAGACUCUGCGCUGGACGCUCAGCACAGGAAGUCUGUGGCUGACAUGCUCCACGAGUUGGCCACCAAUGCGCAGUUUAUCACCACCACGUUCAGGCCAGAGCUUCUGGAGUCAGCAGACAAAUUCUACGGCGUCAAGUUCAGGAACAAGGUCAGUCACAUUGAUGUUAUCUCCAAAGAUCAAGCUAAGGAUUUUCUGGAGGACGAUGUUACACAGAGUUAGAUAUUCCAAGCUGUCACCAUCAGCAACUAUAAGUCACAUGCGGACAACUAGGCUCGGACCGGCAGUCAUUCAUGUGUCAAUGUGAAGCGGCUUCAGCGGCUUCCAUAGGCAUGUGUGUAUAUGGAAGCCACAGCCAUGUGUUGUGGACUUAGUUUUACUCUUGUAAGAGCGAAGCAGUGUGGUCACUCCCAGCCCAGCAAUUCUGCUGCCAAAUAUGUGUUCUCUCAGAACCAUGUUGUGUUCAUACACAUGUACUACCAAAAGUAGGCCAAUUUUUAACUCCUUUUGUCGCAGGCUUGCACACUGCCUAGCUUUUGUGAAAUGGUUGUAACUUUGCUGCACUAGCCACAGAAUACACUGUACUGAAAAGUACCGAGUUACCUAAGGUUUUGUGACAUCCGCAGCAACAGUCUCGUCUAGUUCACACGGAACGACAUAUAAUGUUUCAUUUCCAAAUGGCAGUUUGGUAGUAUAAUGUACACAGUGUACAGAAACCGCAAUGGUUGAUUGGGCCAGCAUUUUUUAUUUAUUGGAUUAUGAAUGAAUCAUGAAAUUUGGCAGUAUCAGAGGACGGAGUAAGAAUAAAGUGUUUUUAAAGUGUUAAAUAAAGUGGUUUUUUUUAACCACACAAGGCUAGUAUGCAUGUACAUGUUUGUAUAAUAUACAAACAUUUACAACAAGAACGUUUAGUACGUGCAUGUUGUUUAAAAAUAUGAUGCUGCGACAUUCUGUGAUGAUGUCAGGUGCGAGUAGCCAUCGCGCGCUGGCUCCAUCAAUGUGUGUACAUGUAGGUGCUCAACACUUCUGCAUGCAUUUGGGUUGCAUACUAGGGAUAGGUACGAGAUAUCGGCUGUGCUGCUUUUUUUUUAUUAAGAAAAAACAGGAAACAAAAAAGUAAGUCUUUUUUUCCCUCGUUUUUUUUUUCAAUUUACUCAAAAUAUGCAUCAGGGAACAUGAUUAUUAUCAUUUAAUUUGUUUAUCUCCAAAUAUUAAAAUCUUGUGUCGGGAAUAAAAUAACUGUAAUUUUUCUCAUUUUUUUCUCAAAAAUUGUCAUAUUCAGAUUCAGCAGGUUCGUAAUCCAACAUAUUAAAAAUGCUGGCCUUUUACUCUGGUGUCCACUUUUGUUCAGUUUUGAAGUGGAAAUAAAACCCCUAAGUUUGGGCUGCUUGUUUGCUUCCAGUUUGCAGCUUUUCCUGUGUCACUUUCAUUCUGGCUUAUUGAUUGAUUUUCCCCGACCAGAACCUGUCGCUGUUUAAUACAUGUACAGAAUUGUGGUAGCUGUCAAAGUCUCAUUGUAUGUUAGUGUUGAUUGUUCCAUAUUUCUAGUUGCUGGAAUUAAGUUCAAGUAAUUUUUCUGAAAUUGGCAUUUUUAUCACGUGAGAACAAGGAUUGUAUUUAUUCACUCUGUUGGUAUUGUAGUUUUCUGGAGAACACCUCUCGCUUUAGUAAAAAAAAAAAAGUCCUGCAGUUGUUUAACUCCAUGAUAGGAUUUGUUUUAUAUUGGUCAAGAAAGGUAGUUUUUGUUGGUUUUAAUAUAGGAUAAAUACUUUCUUAAAAGGUGGAUUUUCCUAUGAACUCUAUGUUCGAGCAGGAGAUGAGACUUCGUGACCGAUUCGAGAACACCAGUGGGAGAAACGCGCCGCAUGUGCACACUGGUUUCUGCGCGUAUAGCAUGAGAAACAAACAAACACACACAUGAAUACAAAAUGUCUGCGCCCAGGACGGCUUCAAAGCUUUUUUGGCCGCAAAAAUGAGGAGUUAGCGCUCUAGUAAUUUAAUAUAGCUCUAUGGUUGCAUCAUGCAUGGUCUCUCCCAAUACUUUGUUACCAGGUUUUUUGUGGAGGAACUAAGUGAAACAUAUAUGUGAUAUUGUUCUCAUCGACUUUUUGACUGGCGAAGUAUUUUCCUGAGCAGCAUUUGCCUCCCUUUGUUGACUUUGGCCCGUUAGCGUAGCAUUGUUUGUCUCUUGUUAGUUAUUUCUUCAUAAAAUGUAUUCCUUUAAUAGACUUUAAUGACGUUGAUAAAAUAAAUGCUUACAUCUGGUAUCUGUUUAA